GAAAAUUUUGGUGAAAAAAUGUUGCUGCUUUGGUGCAGGAAUGGAGCCUCUUUUCCUGAGCUAGAUAACUUGGUACCAAGUGGAAAAAUGAAGAUUCUCCUGACCUUUCUAGGUCUGCUUGGUAAUGCCAUGGCUAUGCCCAUGCACAUGCCCCGAAUGCCUGGAUUUAGCAGUAAAAGUGAGGAGAUGAUGCGGUAUGGUCCAUUCCCCUUUAUGAACUACCCACACAUGUCACCAAUGGGCCCUUAUGGAAAUGGUUUCCAAUUCCCUCAGCAGUUCCCACCGUACCAGAUGCCUAUGUGGCCUCAACCACCACCUAACAUGUGGCUCCCACCAAAACCCGCAGGAUUCAGACGCCAGAGCAAUACUGACCAAGCCCAAGAGACCCAGAAACCCAACGAGCCUCAGACAAAAACACCACCAGAACAGCAGCCUGUAAACCAGCCACCUACCCCAACUCCAGCCAAAGAGGAAACCCAGCCAACUCAGACAUUCCCACCAUUCAACAAUGGACUAUUUCCCUAUCAACAACCACCAUGGCCAUUUCCACAGAGGAUGCCACCACCAGGUUAUGGACGUCUCAGCAAUGAAGAAGGUGGGAAUCCUUUCUUUGGAUUUUUUGGAUAUCAUGGCUUUGGGGGCCGCCCCCCUUAUUACUCAGAAGAGAUGUAUGAUGACAUUGAAAAACCCAAAGAAGAAGAUCCCCCUAAAGCAGAAAGUCCAGCCACAGAAACUUCAACAAAUGCAACAGUAAAUGAGACUAAUUCUACCCAACCAAACGCUGGAGGGAGUCAGGGCGGAAAUGACACCAGUCCAGUAGGAAACGGUGCCCCAGGGCAGAACACUGGGAGCAAUCCUACAGCUCAGAAUGGAGUCAACCCAUCCCCUGCAGUUAAUACUUCAGGCCAGGGAGCACCCAGAAGUCAAUUCCCAUGGAGACCAAGUCAGCCAAAUAUUUAUGAAAAUUAUCCAAAUCACAACACCCGAAAUUUUCCUUCAGAAAGACAAUGGCAUCACACUGGUACUGCUGUGGGGCACAGACCAAAUGGGCCUUUUUACCGAAAUCAACAGGUUCAAAGAGGUACUCAAUGGAAUUCUUUUGCUUGGGAAAGCAAACAAGCCACACAGCCAGGAAAUCCAACUUAUCGCAAAACUUUCCAUUCCACUACCAGAGGCUAUUAUACUAAUUAUGCAGGAAAUCCAGCAAACUUUAGAAGAAGGCCUCAGGGACCAAAUAAAAAUGUUAUGGGAACCAAUGUUGCCUCAUUGGGUCCCAAACAAGGUAGUGUCGGCCGCAAUGAAAAAAUCCAGACUCCAAAGGAGAAGUCAAUAGGUCAAAAAGAAAGGACUGUUGUUCCCACAAAGGAUACAACUGGCCCCUGGAAAAACUCUCAGUCUUAUGGAGUGAAUAAACCAAAUUAUAAACUGCCUUGGUCUGAGGGUAACAUUCAAGGCCCAAAUUUUAAUUCUAUGGGUCAACAAGAAAAUUCUUAUAACCCAAGAGGAGAUUCCAGAAGAAUCCCAAAUUCUGGUGUACAAAUCCAAAGCCAGAAUUUGCCCAAAGGGAUUGUUUUAGAGCCAAAAAGAACUCCAUAUCAGCCACAUACUAAUCAGCCAGAAUUAAAACACAGAAUUUAUCAGCCUGUAUACCCUAAAGAAAUCCCUACUUCUACAAGAGAACAUUUUCCUACUGGAAGAAAUACUUGGAAUCACCAAGAAAUCUCUCCACGCUUUAAGGAACAUCCUAGGUGGCAGGCAAAACGUUUACCUCCUUCUCCUCCUUCUUCUCAUGGCUCUAGAGGAAAUGUUUUCUUCCAGAAAUAUAGCCCCUAUGAUCCCAGGGAAAAUCCGCCUUACCAUAGGAGCAAUACGUGGGGUGAGAUAGUUGAUUCUCCUAGUACUAUGCGGCAACCAGAAAAUCCACGGUACCCCAUGAAUACUCCAGACCAGGAGGAGACUUAUAAUGAAGAGGACCCUAUAGAUCCAACUGGAGAUGAAAUUUUUCCAGGGCAAAGUACAUGGGGUGAGGAAGAGUUGAGCUUUAAAAGAGACCCAACAGUUAGGCAGUAUGGAGGUGGACAAUAUGCCUUAAAUCAGCCAAAGGAAAAUUUCCCCUAUCCAGCAGAUAAUCCAUCAAAACCUAGGGAGGAUUUUCCCUAUAACGAGUUUUACCCCUGGAACCCAGAUGAGAAUUUCCCAUCAUAUAAUACAGGUCCCACUGUAACCCCACCCAUGCAGAACAAGGGUUAUUAUACUACCAGUGCUGUUGGACAAGAAGAAAGCACUCUAUUUCCAUCAUGGAACUCCUGGGACUACAGUUUUCAAGCUCAAGAGCAGAAAGAAAAACAGCCAUAUUAUAACAGAAAUUACUGGGAUCAGGCAACAAAUUUACAGCAAACCCCAGCUAGUAUACCAGACCUGAAAGAGACUCAGCUCUAUUACACCAGUUCCCCAGCUGGGCUUCAGAAAAACCCAAAGUGGCAUGAAGAUGAGAAUUUGAAUUAUGGCAUGCAAAUCACUAGUUUAAAUUCACCAGACAGGGACUAUUUGGCUUAUUCAGAUUUAAUCACUCAAAAUUACCCAUCAAGUCAAAAAGAAAUACAUUUAUAUCACCAAAGUCAGCAGGGUCCCUGCUGUACUGGAGGCUCCACAGGGCCCAAGGACAACCCACUGUCUCUACAAGCCUACACAUCAUCCUAUGGUCUUGCGCCAGAGGAGAAACAAGACACCAAUCCUCUAGAUACAGAAAGUAGUCAUACCAAUAAUCCAAGCCCUAUUGUCUCCCCAACAAGCAUCCUGCCUGGCCAAAGAAACAGCUCAGAGAACAGACUUCCUGGAGAGAUCCAAAGCCCAAUUUCUUUCAGAGAUGAUGUGUCUACUCUAAGAAGGAAUAUACCAUGUUCUAUGAAGAAUCAACUGAGCCAAUUGGAAAUUAUGUCCAAUUCCCCUCAGUCAAAGAAUACACCUUGUCUCAAAAAUGAUCUUGGAGGAGAUGGGAACAACAUUGUGAAACAAAUGUUUGAAGGCAAUCAGCUCAAUGAGAGAACUGUUGCCCUUACACCUGAGCAGCUCAUUAUGGGUACACCUGAUGAAGGUCCCAGGCCAGAAGGUAUCCAAAGUGAAGUCCAAGGAAAUGAGAGUGAAAAGCAGCAACAAAGACCACCAAGAAUCCUGCAUGUACCAUGCUUUGGCUCCAAAUUAGCAGACCAUCACUCUGUCAGCACUGGAACUCCCUCUACCAGUGGAAGACAAGACCCAAUUGAUGGGGAUCUAAUUAUGCCUACUGGAAAUCCUAGUACAUCAGUUGGGUUAGCUACUGGAGAACAGUUUAAACAUAUAAAUGUAAAUUCAUUUAAUGCAAAUGAACACACUCCAUAUGAAUCCUUUCAAACAGGAACCAAUCCACAAGACCAGGUACAAGACUGCUUAUUACUUCAGCCUCAGACUUCUCUUCGUAACAGUGCCCAGUUGGCUGGGGGAAGUCUUGCACAGCCUCACUCUACGUUGGAAGCAAAGGAGGGCGAUGAAAUGCAGGCUCCACCAAACCUACACAAACUCAGCCUACUAACCACCAUAGUUGAGAGUUGUCCUCUGGCUUUUUGA